CCAGGGAGACCAGAGCUGCGCACGUGCGCAGUAUAUAAAAGGGCGCGCCAGACGGAAGCAGCGCAGUGUAGCUGCAGCAUCACACGGAGGUCUAACUCGUUACAGCGACCCUUUAAGCCGUAAUCAUGUCCAACCUUUGUGUGGGAAUCAAUGGAUUCGGCCGCAUCGGCCGUCUGGUCCUCAGAGCCUGUCUGCAGAAAGGGAUUAAAGUCACGGCCAUCAACGACCCCUUCAUUGACCUGAAGUACAUGGUUUACAUGUUUAAGUAUGACUCCACCCACGGACGUUACAAGGGAGAGGUGCGUCAAGAGGACGGCAAGCUUAUUGUGGACGGCCAGGCUAUCGCUGUGUACCAGUGCAUGAAGCCUGCUGAGAUCCCAUGGGGUGACGCCGGCGCUCAGUACGUCGUCGAGUCCACCGGAGUCUUCCUCAGCAUCGACAAAGCCUCUUCUCACUUGCAGGGUGGAGCCAAGCGUGUGGUAGUCUCCGCCCCCUCCCCCGACGCCCCCAUGUUUGUGAUGGGCGUCAAUGAGGACAAGUACGACCCGUCCAGCAUGACCAUCGUCAGCAACGCAUCCUGCACGACUAACUGCUUGGCUCCACUGGCCAAAGUCAUCCAUGACAGCUUUGGUAUCGAGGAGGCUCUCAUGACAACAGUCCAUGCCUACACUGCCACCCAGAAGACAGUGGACGGUCCCUCUGCCAAGGCCUGGCGUGACGGCCGCGGCGCUCACCAGAACAUCAUCCCCGCCUCCACUGGAGCCGCCAAGGCUGUGGGCAAAGUCAUCCCCGAACUCAACGGGAAGCUGACCGGCAUGGCGUUCCGCGUCCCCGUGGCCGACGUCUCCGUGGUGGAUCUCACCUGCCGCCUCUCCAACCCUGCCAGCUACGCUGACAUCAAGGAGGCUGUCAAGAAGGCGUCCCAUGGAUCCCUGAAGGGAAUUCUGGGAUACACCGAGGACUCUGUUGUGUCCUCUGACUUCGUCGGUGACACUCACUCCUCCAUCUUUGAUGCCGGCGCAGGCAUUUCCCUAAACGACAACUUUGUCAAGCUCAUUUCCUGGUAUGAUAACGAGUUUGGUUACAGCCACCGUGUCGCCGACCUCUUACUGUACAUGCACUCCAAGGAGUAAACUUCAGGCUGAGGAACUCAGACAAGAAACGCAUUCCUUCUUUUCCAUGCACUUAUGAGUCAUAGCUGAAGCGCUAGCAUCCCACAAACUCUCUACAAGACCAGCUAGUCUCUGUAGUGAUGUGUGUGAGUGUGAGUGUGUGUAUGUGUACGUGUGUAUGUGUGUUAGUUUUUUCCUUUGACCCGGAGGUGCUUUUGAGUUGAACAGUAUUGUGUCUGUCACCCCAUGAAGCCUUGCUGUAGAUGUUCCCAUGUUACUGUUCUGGUGUAAUAAGAUCAACGGUUAACGUUAAAGUGCUUAAUGUCACACACUUUAAAAGAAACUAUCAAAUAAAUAGUUUGAAAAAUA